CUAGGCUGUAUCUAAUCAGCCCCCGUCACGGGACUUGCUGCUCUGGAGGAAAAAGUUAAUGUUCGAAUCUCCAAGAACGUUUUGUGUCCGAACCUGGCUUCAACGCGGCUAGAAAAUAAUGCUAUAGAUUUGACCUGCGAAAGUAUGUCCUCAGGCAUUUCCACAUACUAUGCACCCCCAAUGGUGCUCUUAAUUUUAGAUAUAGUUGCUAACACUCGCUCUCUCCGUCGUUCUAGUUUACCCUGGAUUGAAAUCAGCCGGGUCUUUCAGCAUAACUUCAAUCCGAGGUCCUAGAUAGGAAGUGAAAAGAAAAUGGCAACUUGUCUUACUGCUCCCAAACGGUCGUUUCUAGCCCUGCCGUUUCUUUUUCCGUCUUCGUGCGAGUCGAUCACUCUACAAACACGCCGGCACCAAUCCUCGUAUAGACGGACGAAACAGCGCCUACGUGUCAAGCCAGAUGCGUCAUUUGGUGUUUCAUCCACCCAAUUUCAUGAUCAAAUCAUUCACAAUCCGCCUUCGAGCGCUCCCUCGGUAUACCAUACACCGACGAAAUUUCUCCCUCUCGAUGAUGUUCGGCGAUCCCUCCGUGGCGCUUCCAUGAACAGUGGGAAUUCCGGUCAACUACCCUCUGUAUUCAAAACACCUGCGGAGAAGAAAUAUCAUUUGAAUCCUUCAGACAUCGAGGAGAUCCGCAGACUGCGACUAAACGACCCGAUGACUUGGAGCCGUUGGAAAUUGGCUAAGCGCUUCGACUGCUCUCCAAUGUUCAUUGCUAUGGUAUGUGAAGCUGGCCCACAAAAGAAGGAAAUUCAGAAACAAGUCUUAGAAGCGGUACAAUCAAGAUGGGGUACAAAGCGUCGGAUGGCUAGAGAAGACCGACAGUUGCGAAAAGAAUCCUGGGGAAGAGAUGAAUGAAGGAGGAGCGUCCCAUCUUGACUUAACUCUAGCCCAUGGAUCUUGCUUUGGUUUUCUAGAGGGUCCAAUUGAUUCGACGCUUGCGGUAUCUCUUGUCCAUGGCCUAUGGGAAGCUCACAGAUGUUGUAUCAAAACUUGUAUUCUAGCUCUAGCGUUACUGUAUUGGAUUCCAUAUUGUAUCUACUAUGCUAGAACCUCACUGGGUUCCAGUAAGUCUUCCUUAUGUACUUACUACUAGUAGGAUAGUACAGAGGUCAUUGUCGCUUAGUUGCGGCAUAAAGGUCGC